GUUUUGCGCCACAACCGUGUCACAACCCAUUUACCGACAGCACCCAGAGGAUAUCUGCAAAAAAGCAAAUACUUUAUUGUAAUUGGGGCUUAGAUGUUGAGAUAGAGCUUGAUGUCCUCACCGUUCAAUUGUAUACGUUGGGCGUAGACUUCCUCGGCAAAUUGCCAGGACAAUCCACGAGCCAUGCCGACCGCGAAGAGACUGAAAAGCGACGCCAAGUCCAAGUCGCGCGACACCGAACCCCGACCGACCAUCGCCGACCUAGAGGGCGAAAGCGAGUUCGCCCAGCUUGCUAGACAACAUUGGCUGAAAACGACUAAGCGGAAUACAAGAGUGAAAGUCAAGAAUGACGUGCUAAAGCGUGGCAUGUGGGAUGUGCUAGAGAAGAAUGGGUUCCCUUACAAGUCAUUGCUCGUCCUCGAAGGGCUACAAACCCUCGAAAGCUACCUCUGGCCGGGCUAUUCCGAAGAUUCAUCCAACUUUCACGUACUGCUAAUAGUAUUGAUCACUGGCGUCAAAGCAAGAGAAAGGCUCGAGACAUGGAGCAUCUUCGAAGAUCGGCCCGCCGAAUUCUCCAGUCUAUUCACCCGAAUCCUCUCCAUGAGCCUUGACCAGACAAUAUCUCUUACAAUCCGUACCCACCUCCUCUGUUUUAUCAUAUAUGCUUUCCAGAGUCUCGAUUGGGCGAGCGUAAGAAAAGAAUGUGCCCCGUUAGUCUCUAUUGGAAUAUGGCACAAUAUCUCAACCGAAUCCAAACGAGAGAUUAAAUUAGGUCAAAACCCGCAACUUAGAAAGGCAUGGAAAGCAGCGGGCAAAAGAUACGACUCAGCAGAUGAUGCGAUGAAAGCUCGAUUACGGUUUGAGAGAGCCUGGCUUUAUACCUUGACUUUGGACUUUCUACGCUUACUUUACGAUGACAAGAGGAAGGACGAGCAUGUGCUCUACUGCGAACGAUUCGUUGAAUUCAUUUCCGAUCUAUUGAGCCAGCUCCCUACGAGGCGAUACGUCAAUACCUUGCUCCAAGAUUUACACAUAUUGUCUGCUUUACGACUUUCUCCAAUGUUUAACGACGAGGAUAACGGUCUACUUCGAGACCAGUGUUUGUUAUUAAGCCACUACGUGCAUUUCACAAUCGAUGAUCAGACGGGUGCACAAUAUAGCCUCACCGAAGCAUACGAUAGGCAUUGCGCUGAGCUUGCAAAGCUCCAACGAGUAUCCUUGCGGCAUUUCAAGGACAAACUGACGGUAUUGGCGCUAUCUAACUACGGAUCCAUAGAUAAGAGGAAUGAGCUUGAAAAUCUACUUGAGACUCUUACAGACGAGGAGGUCAAGAGACUUGCGACUUUACUCGAGCUCAGGGUAGAAUACCCGGAAUCUGUCGGCGUCACUAUUGGCCGGUCAUUCUUAAUGGAAGUCCUUCUGUCUACGUAUGAGAAACGGAAGACGUUUCAAGAGGUCGCUCGAGAUACAAGCAUUUUACCAACCGAAGAUAGCCUUUUCGAUCAAGGUCUAUUGAGAACGGACAAUUAUGAUGGGUCUAGGCCACUUGCUCUGCCAAAGCUUAAGUUGCAAUACUUAUCGGUUGGUGACUUUCUUUGGAGGGCCCUGGUUCUCUACCGGUGUGAAUCUUUCUAUGGCAUCAGAAAGGACAUCGGUGAUGCCUUGAGACGGCUACAACCGGAAUCAAAGCGCCCGGGUGAGACUACAUUUGCCGGGUUUUCGAAAAUGGCGCUACCUAUAUCUCGUCCUUCUAUACUGGAAGUUGUACCAGCGCUCGUCGGUGACGAUAAACCUUCUAUGGUUAAUGCUGAAAUUUCACUCGAUGUGCGACGGCUCGCUGACCACGUCCGAAGAGAAUGGGAUUCGCUACGCCCAGAUGAUGUAGUAUUUCUCGUUUCAGUGGAUGCUUCCGCGUCGAAAGCUAUUUCCAAUGGAGGGAACCACCCAAUUUCUGAAGCACAACGGUUAGGGUUAAUCUCUGUACGCAGUGCUGAGAUUGCCCAAAUCAUGGAUGACAAGGGAAAAUCUAUCAGGGAUCCUACCGCUUAUUUCAAUGGCAAUAAUCGAUCGCCAACAAGGAAAAUACAACUUCGACUGGAUCCCAAGAUUUACAAAGAUGACAUGGAUCGAACUUCUAGAGGAAAGCCCGAUGUAUAUGAGCGGAUCAACUUAAUUAUUCGACGAAGCGGCAGGGAGAAUAACUUCAAACCAGUGUUGGAAUCUAUUCGGAGUCUAUGCCUCUCUGAAGUACCACUAGCAUCGUGGUUACACGAAAACUUCCUAGGCUACGGAGACCCUGCUGGCGCUACGUAUAAGCACCUGCCGAAUCGGAUCGGAAAACUCGACUUCAGAGAUACCUUUUUGGACUGGCAGCAUCUAGUUGCUAGUUUACCAGGUAAAACUAUCGAGCCGGGAGAUGAUGUGACUGCAAGCUUUGGUCCUCCUUAUGUUUUAGAGUCAGUAAAUAAACCUCCAGAGGAGAAAAAGACCAAACCUUCUAAAAAGCGAAGAAGAGAUGCCGAACCCGCCUUGAUUGCCGAGAUCGAGACAUACAAAGUCUCAACUUAUAAACCACCUAACACCGGGCCCUAUCCAGUCGACGUCCCAAAACUGAACUCGGUUCGCUUCACGCCGGCCCAAAUCGAUGCUAUAAUAUCUGGCACCCAACCUGGACUUACUGUUAUUGUCGGACCGCCUGGUACUGGCAAGACAGACGUUGCAACACAAAUCAUCAACAAUAUCUAUCACAACUUCCCCGAACAGCGUACACUUCUCAUCGCGCAUUCUAACCAAGCGUUAAACCAGCUGUUUGCUAAAAUCAUAGCUUUGGAUAUCGAUGAACGGCAUCUUCUCCGCCUCGGCCACGGAGAGGAGGAUCUAGACACGGAUGGUAGUUUCAGUAAACACGGACGAGUGGAAUCUUUCCUUGAGAUCAGAGACCGUUAUCUCAAGGAAGUUAACCGCUUGGCCGCCAGCUUAAACGCUCCUGGGGCUCACGGCAACUCUGCUGAAACAGCUGGCUAUUUCAAUUCCGUUUACAUCCAACCGGCCUGGGCUAAAUUCAAGGAAGCAACGAAAAUGGACGGCGCUUCAGUAACUGAUAUUAUCGAGGCAUUCCCAUUCCACAACUACUUUUCCGAUGCACCUCAACCUCUUUUCCCUCCAGACAGCGACCGAAAUGCUGUUCUAGAUAUUGCCAAUGGCUGCUACCAUCAUGUGUCAAAGAUCUUUUCCGAGCUAGAAGAUGUCCUGCCUUUUGAGAUUCUACGACGUGAUCGAGACAAGGCUAAUUACCUAUUAACCAAUGAAGCCCGCAUCAUCGCGAUGACGUCUACACACGCUGCGAUGCGCCGUUCCGAGAUUGCAUCUCUUGGAUUUCACUAUGACAAUGUUGUCAUGGAAGAAGCAGCGCAGAUUACGGAGGUUGAGAGUUUCAUUCCUUUGGCUAUGCAAGAGCCCGAAAAGGGGCAGAUGGCAUUGCAGAGGGUUGUUCUCUGUGGUGACCAUUACCAGAAUUCUCCAGUCGUACAGAGUCUUGCCUUUAGGCACUACGCUAAUCUAGAGCAAUCUCUCUUCUCCCGUUUUGUUCGUCUAGGAAUACCAGUAAUUACGCUCGACCAACAAGGCCGCGCUCGUCCUUCAAUUGCUGCACUGUAUCAAUGGAGAUACCCCAAUCUCGGGAACUUACCACAUGUCGAAAGCCUUAAAGAAUUCCAAACUGCAAAUGCCGGGUUCAAGUAUGACUACCAGUUCAUCAAUGUACCCGACUACAAGGGCCGCGGUGAAGUCGAACCAACGCCUCACUUCAUUCAAAAUCUAGGAGAAGCUGAAUACGCCGUCGCCAUUUACCAGUAUAUGCGACUCUUGGGAUACCCGGCGUCGAAGAUCAGCAUUCUUGCUACCUAUGCUGGUCAGCGGGCUCUCAUAAAAGAUGUAUUGUCCCAUCGAUGUGCGAAGAAUGCUAUAUUUGGUUUACCCAAGACGGUGACAACUGUCGACAAGUACCAAGGUGAACAAAACGAUUAUAUCAUUCUAUCGCUCACGCGCACAUCAAGAGUCGGCUACCUACGAGACAUUCGACGUUUGACAGUAGCACUCUCUCGUGCACGACUUGGCUUGUACAUCUUAGGUCGGAGAGAGAUUUUUGAAGCGUGCUACGAAUUACGCCCAGCCUUCGAGUUGCUACUCCAAAGACCAGACAAGCUCACCCUUGCAACUGGCGAGAUGUGGCCUUCGGAACGCAUCCAAGUGGAAGAAGACGGGACUGCUGUGCCGGGUGAGGCAAUAAUGGAAGGUGUCGAGCAUCUAGGUCAAUUCGUCUGGGAAAUGACAGAUACAAAAGUCAAGCGAUUGCGAGCGGAGCGUGGACUGCCGGAGACAUCCGAGCCGAUCGAGCAAGCGCUUAAGCCUAUUGCUGAAGAAGACGAAGUUGGGUACGUUGAAGCAAGCGAUGAAGAAGCCGACGAGGACAUCGUACCUAGUGACGGGAUUCAAGCUGGAGAAGCAUAGUUUAGAGGUUGCCUUACCGGAAAAGCUCAGCGUGAAAUGACUCGGAUUUAUAUCUAUUAAAGUGAUAUUGGUAAUUUCAACAGGAAGCAUAAGGAACGGACAUACCUUUAUGCUGAGUAUCUGAGUAGUCCACAAAAGUUGCAUCCGUUUACAAUACUGGAAGAAAUACAUUAAUUAUUCUCCUGACAUUAUAGUAUGAAAUCCAUAUCCCAUUUAGCAAGUGUAUUCGAAGCGACUCAAUGACUUAUCCAUUCAUGUUCA